AUGUUAUUGUGCGUCGAAUGCGCUCAUCCUGUUACAAGCCUUUAUACAGAAUAUUCAAAGAAUAAUUUUAGACUAACACAAUGUCCACUUUGUAAAGGAUUUGCCGACAAGUAUGUGGAGUUUGAUUAUGUUAUUAUAACAAUUGAUUUAAUGCUUAUAAAACCCCAAGUAUACCGACAUCUAUUAUUUAAUCAACUUGGAACACAAGAUAAUCGUUUUAAUCCCUAUAUUGUUCGCUUCUGGCCUUUAUUAAUACUUUUUGAUGUCUAUCUUAUGUGGCUACGAGCUGAUCGGCAAUCAGGACAAAGUAUAUCAACAUCUACAUCUUCACAAGCUAUUUUGUCAAGCAUAACAAAAUGCCUGUAUUUUUUAAUUAUAUGUCUUCUAGAAACUAUUUCUUUCCAUUGGGGGCCUAGAAUGUUGGCACGACAAUGGUUGGGAUGGCAAAGGAAAAUUUUAUUAUAUACUUCCAGCAUAACUUCAUUAACCAGAGCCCGAUUACUACCUGUAUUAAUGAUUAUAUGGUCUUAUGAUACACCAACAGCUAACCAAAUCAUUGAAUGGGUUGUGCUUUAUAGUAACUUCGAGGCAAUCAAAAUUCAACUAAACUGCGGAGACUUAAAAGCUUUAAUUUUAGUUCUUUCUGGUGGGCUAUCUAGGGCAUUGGUUUUUUCUUUCUUUCUAAAAUAUACACUUGAUAUUCCAUUGAGAAUUCAUCUUCAAAAUCGCUGGCUUCCAUGGAGUUGUUUCAAUAAAUGUAUCUACAAAAUCUCUUAA